GGAACAAGAAAACCUAUGGAAUUGUUUUCAUAAAAAUUAUAAAAAUAGAGAUAUGGGAAAAGCAUCUUUGGAAUACAUUGCAAACGAAAUGAGUCUAGUUAACACCAGUGAGCCUAACGAUACACCGUCGAGGUCCAAAAUUUUGGAAGAUGAUGUUAAUCGGGACAUUGAUGAUAAAAUUGAUAAUAAAUCAAUAAACUCCAGCGACAGCUUGUUGAUCAAAAAUAAAAAUCCAGUUCAAGUUAAAAAUAAAAUAAAGCACAUUACCCAAGAAACGAGUGGAAUUACAGCAGCUAUUAAUGAGCUUAAACAACUGAAUAGAUAUACAGUUGUUUUCAGCAAUGUGUUGAGUACGAUGUUAUUGGAAAACAUGUCGCUAUUCAACUGA